UUGUUCCAUGUUCGUUUGUAUACCACUCGCAAGGUUUAUGCGCAUAGUCCAAGUCUUCUUCUCCGUUUUUAGUGUAUCUCUGUGGCAGGAUUACAGUGUCACAUACUGGUCUGGAAUGUAUGCUACAUCGUGGUUUCGUGUGGACGCAGAUAUUUCUUGAGACGAGGGUAAAAAACAGAUCAGAUAGGGAAAGCUCUGGCUUCGUGUGGAAGGAGCCUCAGGGAGGCCGCUUUUCACAACCAUGGAAAACACCAGAUGUGCCUGCCAUUAAUCCAACUAUAUAAAAGGAAUUUAAGAAUAAUGAUUAAUAAUUAGCCCGUUAGGAACUUUAAGAGAUUAUAAUCCAGAUAUAAAAUUCUGUCUGGAGGAUCCACAUGUCCCCCUUUAAUUACUUGAUUCUUAGACUAGAAAUAAUUCUCAGUGGUGAUUAUCUCUAACUCUUUAAUAUGUGCAAUUAAAACAUGAUGGGUGGGAAGAGAAAUUAUCUCAACUUUAUUUGACCUGCAUAGAUCUUAGAUCUGGGCAGGAUUUUCACUUUUUAGAGACAUGGAUACAUUUCUGCACAGAUGGAAUUUGAGGUUGUGAUUGACUGACUGGAUUUACAUUGCCAAAGCAUUGACUACAUUAAAUAAGACACACACACACACACACAAAAGUUUAAUAAAAUAAAAAUUAGAGGGAAAAGGCAAAAAGGUACACAAUGAUUUGUUUUAUUUAAAUGCUGUUUUGGUAUUUUUACAACUUUGGAGCUCACCAAGUGGAUAUAGCACUAUCAUAAUUACAGUGGAUAGCUGUACGUGUAUUAAAGCAACCCACCUCUUUUCCUGAAAUUCUUACCCAUUCACCAAAUUGACAUACUCCCAGAACAGAAUAAUUAUCGUUAUUAGAAGUCAGUGUACCAUCAGAGUAAUAUAUUUCAAGGUCAAAAAAAAAAAAAAACCUUACAGUUGCUUUAAAUGUUACUUAAAUGUUAUUCAGUGUUAACAAUAUUGUGUGCUUGUGACUCUCUCUCUCCCUUUCUAUCUCCUCCUCCAUGGUAGCUCAAUGCAAUCUAGACCAGUGGGAGGCCCUAGAGAAGAAACUACAUCCUGAGGCAGAGCUACUGUGCUCGCUACACUUUGGCGCCCCCUAUCCAGAGAAGAGAAUACUGCAGGCUAUCUUUAAUGCAACACCCUUCUACAAUUCAUACACUGCUCAGUACAGCAGGAGGAUCUCUGUGCAGCCCCAGUCAGACUCCAUCCUCCAUCUCCUGGCCACUCGGUCUCUCUCCAUCCAUCUGUCUGCCUGUCUGCCCCAGCUGCCCUGCUGUCGCUUCCUCAGUCACCCCCUUCUUUUCAGUCUUCCCUUCAGCAUUUCAUCGUCCCAGCAGCAUGUGGCUGAAAUCAGAGUGUUUGGCACCACAGACAUGCUCAGCACACUGAAGGUUCAGUCAUACACCCCAGACAUUGUGUUAUCUGAUGUGGUCUGGUCAGAUGAAGACCCCACCCUCCUCCUUAUGUCAGUCUAUCCAACCUCACAUUUCCUGGAUCACGUACCAUCUAUUGCAAGCAUUACCCUAUCCACAAACCUCUCUCCGCAAAAGCACUUUGUGUUGGUUACUAGAGUGAUGGACAACCUGGAGUCAGUGAACAAUACCAUGCUGUCUCUCACACAGACUGUACGUGCAGUUCUCACACCCUCUACUAAUGCAGAAGACGACAAAAGAAGACAUUUCUAUCUAUGGCUCGCACCAUCACUGGCAACACCAAAAGUCCUGCAGAAAAAAACAGUGGCUUUGGAGUACUAAACAACUUAAUGCAUCUUUUCUCCCCUCAUGUUAUUCUU